UUGUUUUAUACUAUGUAGUGAUAAGUUCUGCAAAAGAAUGAAGCAAGUACCAUUCCAACCGGUUACAACUCGGUGUUUACGUCACGUAGGUUGUCCCUAUCGCACGUAGAUGUCUCGCUCUUCAAGUUACUGCCUUUCACUUAACCGUGAACCGUAGUCAGUGAAACUCACAAUGUGAUAUCCAAUCACUUAGAAUGAACUUACAAUAAAAGUAUUUUAGACACAAAAAAUAUUAGUACUUACUUAGUUAUCGUUGAAAGAUGGUGUACUGUGCUAAUCAUGUGAUACCAAAGCUAUCGUGUUUAAGUUAUGUGUUGUUGUUACUUAGCGAAUUCUCAACUGCCCUAGUGCUGCGGGCGUACAUCUCGCAGCAUGGUCUACACGGAGAAAUCGAGUUCUCUACCAAGAAUGAGACGCUCAUCAGCAUCAGGACCAAUCUCAAACCCACUCUGCAAUACCCUGACGGAGUCUGGAGGUGGACCAUACAUGAGUUCCCGGUGGAUUAUCGGGAAUUAUCGGAUUCCAGAUGCUCAGAAUCGAACGUUGGUAGAGAGUUGAUCGAUCUGACUGAGGAGCUGGGAUACCUGAUAAUCCCUGGGAAAGACCACGCGGAAUUCGAAAGUAGAAACUCUUUGACAGGGCCCACAGGCCUUUGGGGAAAGAGCAUUGUUCUAGAAACUGCUGAAAGAGAUAGAGUGAUAUGCGCUUCCAUUCUGUCAACUGAUAAGUUGUACGAGAAACAUGCUGUAGCCAGAUUUCACUCUCCGGUAGCUGGUACACUGCACUUCAGAUGGUUGUCGGCCAAAGAAUUCGACGAAUCAGAUUCCUAUGUCCAAUCUGAUUUGUACCACACCAAAGCUGUAGCUGAUAAAGUGGAAUACACGAAGCACAAAUGGAAAUUAUUUGUUACCGAUAUAUUUGAUGCCGAUAAAGGUAAUCAUGAAGAUGAUUGCAAUGUACUUCAAUUAGUAUUUGACCCGCAGAAUGAUGGGGACGGCAUGAGCGUAGGAGACCUGGACAGUCGUUUGGGUUUGAUCAAAGUGGCGACUGAUGCUAACGUUAAGAAGAUGAAGACUCUGUUCAAGGAUGACGUGUUGAACAUCUUGAGAGGUGAUAUGGAAGUGACGAAGAGAAGUCUGUACGUUGUGAUAUUCGACAACAGACACCCGGAAAGCUUCCUGGCGUGCGCCAAGUUGAGAACGAUGGAGCCGAAGAGUACAAAGGUCUUAAUUAACAUGGACGGUAUCAAGGGGGCGGUGGACUUCACCCAGCGGUCCCCUUACGAUCCCACCUGGGCAACCUUCGCCCUGGGUUCGUCCGACCAGGACUACGAGGCCAACCUUCGCUUCGUCAGCUCCACCCUCCAGUACGCCGUCAGGCAACUGCCACCUAAGCUGAUAGACGCAAAUCAUGUCAAGGACAUUUGCAAUACAACUGGAGAGAUCUACAAUCCCACCGGCUUGGAUUUGAAGAACUUGCCGCCUGCAGGUAUGGGAACUCAGGAUCAGUAUCCAGUGGGGGACCUGCUGGGCAAGUACAAGGAGCGCACCGAGUACCUGAACCAUAAGUACCUGCUGCCGGGGCUGGCUAACGAGUUGAGCGGCGCCUACUGGGACGUGUUCCUGCCACUGUACGGGAUUAACAGCGUAGUGCACCGGUCUCUGGUAGUCGUUAGGCGAGCACCGAAACGCGAGAUCUGCGGCACCAUCCUACCGUAUGAGUACGGCACGGAGUUCCAGACGCAGAUGAGCUCCGCGCAGGUGGUGUUCCGGUACCCGCUCGUGGGCACGGUGGUGUUCCGUCAGCCGCUCGAACGGCCCUGGGAGGAUACCACUAUCAUCAUUGAGAGUAUGAUUCACGCUGAUGGCGCGAACGUGAAUAAUACAUUCGAGCAUCGCUGGGCGAUUCACGAGCGCGCCCCGGGCAAGGACUUCUACAACUGGACUGGGCGCUGUCUGAGCGCGGGAGGCGUGUACGAGCCACACGGCAUCGACGUGGACAACAGGCAUCCGGAGCAGUACUGCCGACCAGGUCUGGAGGGGCUUUGCAGGAUUGGAGACUUCACCACGAGACACGGCAAUUUGGCGGUGGCGGGCAAAAAACGAGAGAGUGCGCGGUUGACUCGCCGCCUGUUCACAGACACGGUUGUAGCGCUGGCCGGCAAAUACUCCAUCAUGAAGAAGUCGCUGGUCAUAUACGAUGACCACGGGCCCGUCGCGCGCGGAGAGCGGAUGGCGUGUUCCAUAGUGAAUGGCCUUUACCGGCGUAAGGCGGUGAUUCGCGACUGGUUCGGCAAUGGUGAGCCGGUACCGCUGAAGGGUAAGCUGGAGCUGACGCAACAGUCGGAGUAUGACGUCACCAACGUUCAAGUCACCCUGGAAGGCUUCGAAGGAAUCACUAAUUAUAAGAUACAUGUGGCACCAGUAGAGAAGGAUCUUGAGUUUCCUUGUGAGAAAACCUCUCUGUACGAUACAUACAAUCCAUUCAAAGUAGAUAAAAAUCAGAGCCCACCACCAACAAAAGGCACAGCAGAUCAGUACGAAUUGGGUGAUCUAGGAAAUAAGUACGGAUUGCUGGACGAUUUGCGUUCUAUUCACACGGACUACAACGAGACUCAGGUGUCGCUGUAUGGACCUUACAGCAUUCUGGGGCGGUCCGUAGUUCUGCACAGGAAGAACAGAGAUCGUCGCUGGGCGUGCAGUUCGGUGGAGCGAGGGUACAGUCCGUCGGAGGCGCGCGAGAUACGCGGCAUCGCGUCGUUCCACCACCCGGGCGGUUUCGCGUGGGGCUACGUGCGCAUGACGCAGUUGAUUCACAACGACGGCAGCGCCAGCGACACCGUGCUCGAGGUUAAGCUACGCCACCCUGGCGUCAGGGACCGCAACCUGACGCACAACCACAACUGGAAUAUCUUCGUGAACCCAGUGGGCGUGGACGCGGCGGUGCAGGUCACCAACACGCGCUGCGUCGCCGGCGGCUACCGCUGGAAUCCAUACUUCACGCAGCUGGCAGACCCGCUCAAUCAUGACUUGUACAACCAGGAGUGUGGUGCGGACAACCCACUACGCUGUGACGUCGGAGACAUCACAGCUAGGCUGGGACCCAUCAGUAUAGGCGGCGACCGUCAGAUAUUCAUGGACUCGAACUUCCCGCUGGAAGGCACGGUGACGGCCAUGGGGCGUUCCAUCGUGAUCUUUGGGCCGGAGCGGAGCAGCGAGCGCUUCGCCUGCGCCAACAUUGAGCCCGACUAUGACAUCGUCAAAGCCGUCAACAUUAUGAAGCCGCCGAGAUUUGUGCUCGGUCAGUUCCUGGACUCGGUACGCGAGGUUCUGGGCGCGCCCGCGUGGAUGGUGCGCGUGGAGUCGCGGCGCACGCGAACGCUGCACGCCGGCGGCUGCAUGCAGCUGCUGCUGCACUUCACUGGCCCUAACGCUCAUCGCUUGGAACUGGACUUCACCAGGCUGCUGGCAUCGGGUCGCCUGGACUCGCCCAGCAUCUUCAUCCCGGGAUUCGUGAACACCAAGAGGAAGCGGACUAUAUCGUACCGACAGUGCGGCGUCACAGACCCCAACGAGAAGAAAAAGAGCUCUUUCUUCUUCUCGUCCGGUGUACCGUCGGCGUCCUCGGCGCGGCUGCUUCUGGCUCUUGCACUCAUCGCGACUCUAAUCAUAGUGUGAAAUAAUACUGUAUCUUAUAGUAUGUAUUUAAUACGCGGCGACCAGAGACUUCAAUUUGUAGCUACAGCAAAGAAUGUGGCUGCGUUAAUCGGAUAUUCAUGGUCGUUAUAGUCGACAUAAAGUCCGUAUACAGAAAGAAAGCCGAAAGCCGAUCGGCGCCGAUAAGCGCCGAUAAGCGCCGACACGCGCUGGUCCGAAUAAUAAAUAAUUUGUAUUUGAAUUAUUAUCCUUAGAUUAAAUCAAUCUAAGUGAUAAUCUCUUUAUAAAUCUAAUAACUUUAUCUUUUAUUAACUAAGCGCUAAAAUUAUUUGUUUCGUACUUACCGAAUGGUGACAACAAGUCUUUCUUCUGGAAGGAUUGGUUGUUUAUGCCAAUUGCCCCAAUUUUUCAUCAAACGGUUUUUCACUAAAUCCAAAAUGUAAUAAAA